AUACGUAUGAAGAUGCGAAAAUGUGAGCAUAAAUAAAUUGGAAUGGUUUGGGUUUGCUUUGCUCUGCUUUCUCUGCCCACAAAUUCAAUACUCUGCUCUGCAUGAAGCGGUCCACUCCACGACCACGUGCCGUCUCUCUUUCAAUUUUGCUCUGUUCCUUCUUCGCUACUCUCUCUCACCCUUUCCCGGCAAAAUUUCCAACUGCAUGCACCCUACUCUCUACCACUCCUCAUGUUUGUUUCAAACCGAACGGUUAUUCGAUUCCCCAAAAAAUAUAAACAAAAAGGAAGCAGAGACAGAGACAGAGACAGAGACAGAGUGUGUGAAGACUGCAAUUACUAAUUACAGAGAACAAUCCUUCACAGACGCCAUUUCUUUUGUCCUCUUUCGAAUUCCAAACUCCGCCGACUUCAACAACGUUUUCCCCUUCCCUCUCUCUCUUAUCACUCUCACACUGCACCGCCAACAUUCGGACUGGGCAUCGUUCACAAUGCGUGAAUCCAUUGCUUCCCCAAUCUAUAAGUUUGGUCUUCGAUUCGCGUUCUUCUUCGACUGAUUUAUCGUUUUCUUUGCGAUUUCGAGUUUUCGAUAGCUUUCGGUCGUGGCUAUGGCGUUUGACCAAAACUCCAUCCCCGGCGAUGCUGUGCGGCCGCUGAACGUGGCGCGAAGUGUGGCCGAAGAGCCACUCCUUUUGCCGACGAGUACGACGGUUCCCGGCGCGGUGCCCCUUUUCUACCCUGCGUCUGUCUCUGAUGCUGGCAUGGUGGGAAUAGGGUAUGGAAAUGUGGCUUCGGGUGCUGCUGCUGCCGCCACGUGGUGUGUUCGUCCCUCUAUGCCUAUUCUCCAUUCCUCUGUGAGCCCUGCUGUUGGGUUCUCUCAUGUUCCUAGUUUUACCAAUAGGGUUGCUGGUGGCAAUGCAGUUGAUGUUUCAGGUAAUUUUGUGGCUGCUUCUCAUGGGUAUCCUGUGAAUUUAGGGGGCAACUGGGUUGCGGGUAAUGGCUUGAGUAAUAAUAAUAUUAGUAGUAAUAACGGUCUUCAGGGAAAUAGCAGAGUAAUUGGCAAUGCUAGUGAUAAUGUUGUUGGUGUCGGGGCACUUGGGGUUGGUUCAAAUCCCCCUGCUAGUCAGCGGGUUGAUCAGGCAAGUGAGGAGGGUGGGGAUGAUUCAGUUUCCGGGCGAAAGAUGAAGCUUUUGUGCAGUUACGGGGGGAAAAUUUUGCCUAGGCCAAGCGAUGGAAUGCUGAGAUAUGUUGGAGGUCAAACGAGGAUCAUAAGUGUUAAGAGAGAUGUGAGCUUCAACGAUUUGGUGCAAAAGAUGGUUGAUACUUUUGGGCAACCUGUGGUUAUCAAAUAUCAACUCCCAGAUGAGGAUCUUGAUGCUCUGGUCUCGGUUUCCUGCCCCGACGAUCUAGAAAACAUGAUGGAGGAGUAUGAGAGAUUAAUUGAGAGGUCUCCUGAUGGUUCGCCUAAACUAAGGGUUUUUCUAUUCUCUUCUUUAGAACUUGAUCCUUCUGGUGUGGUACAGUUUGUAAAUUUACAUGAUGGUGGGCUGAAAUAUGUUGAAGCUGUGAAUGGAAUUUCGGAUGGGAUUGGUGGUAAACUCACAAGGAAAGCCAGUUAUGCAAGUGCAACUUCUACCCAAAAUUCUGAUUUGAGCGGCAUAGAUGCUCUUGAUAGCUCAAAUGCUACUCAAGGAGAUGUCAGUGUGGUACCUGUACCACAGUCUGGCGGUUUAUCACCUGAGGGGAAUGCAGCUGCUUCUCAUGACACUACUGCAAAUUUUGUGGUUUCUGAGCCAGGUGCAUCAAUUUACUCAGAUGCUUCUGCAGUUUCAUUGGGCAUUCCUGUGACUAAUUCUGUCCCAACUCACACUCCUCCUUUCCAGAAUGAUGUUGAGUUGGAAAAAUCUCUACCUGUUACUUUUUCUCAGCAGCAAUUUGGGGUGCUGCAGUCUGGAUUGGAAAUUCCAUCACCUGCGCGUUUACAGCCUUUUGUUGAUCCUCGUCAUGAAGUUGUGAACCAUGCAGAUUACGUCCAGCUGCCUCCUCAUAUGGGAUUUCCAAAUGCCCACCUUUUAGGUAAGUCUGGCCCUAUCUACUCCCAACAGCAGUUUCAUGAUACCACUUCUCGUUUAGGCUCCCUUCAGGUAAUCCCUGCAGUGCAAAUGACUAUGACUCAGCCAACUUCUCAUGCUGGUGUAAGUCCAAGUGUUAUUCAACCACAACCAUUCAUGCAACCACAGCAAAACCUUUUGGAUCAAUAUAAUGAUGAAAAUACUUCAGGGCUAAGGAUUUACCAGCUUCCUGCUGAUCAAAGUUACAAUGCAUAUCCGGUUCAAGUCCCUUUUGGAGGUCAUUUUGGCUGGGUUAAGGUUCCUUCACCCGAGCAUGUGAUUUUUCCUGAUGUGUUUGUGCCUCAACAAUCAGCAAUGAUCCCUGAGAAAGUCCAAAGAGUGGAGGACUGUUAUAUGUGUCAGAAAAAGUUGCCUCAUGCCCAUUCGGAUCCUGUGGUUCAAGAGCAGAGUAAUAGCUGUGCUGGUCCAAUUCCUGAUUCAACUUCAAGUUUCCAUAGUCUCCCUAUGCAGGACAAUUCAAGAGCUCAAUCAACGAAUGUGGUUUGGGUCACUGCACCAAUGAAGGAAGGCAAUGUUGAGCAAGCAGUUGGGACCAGACCCAGGGUCACUUCUAAAUUGGAUACUCCAGGUGGAAUAUCUUGUGUUGACACAGCUUCACUCUCUUUGGAGCCUGAAGGUGAGAGAAUUUUUAUACAAAAGCUGGACUGGUCUGAUCAUCCCACGAAUGCAGUUAUCCAGGAAGCAGUUGUAAGAACAGGUAAAAAACAGUCAACAAGUGAUGGGCUGAUGGGAACAGCUCUGCCGUCUUAUCAAGAUGAUAUCAUCCGCCAACAUAUGGUGCCAGCUGAAAACUGGGCUAAAGAGGAUGUGCUUGUAAAUAAACCUGUUAAUAAUGAUAUACCUUUAGUUGGUGGCACAUCUGUUGAAAGUUCUGAGUGUAUGGUUCAACAAUGUCCAACAGAAUAUACCAAUGAAGCUAGCACAAUGUCAAAAGCAGAUGCUGUAGAGAAUUGGAUAGCACAUGACCUACUCAAACCUAUUGAUGGAAGGAUGGACAACCCAAAGAUCGACAAUCCUGAACUUUUUGUAAAUAAUGAUAAAUUUGAUUACAACACUCAGCAUGCUGUAGAGAAGAAAGGGGUGGUUCCAGAAAACAACCUUGACAAGUCACCAUUGAUCGUUGAUGCAAAUCAAAUUAAGAUGGUGAAUGUGCUUCCUAGUUCUACAGUGGAAACUUCAUAUGGGAAUAAUUCCAGGCCGGUGGAAUAUAAUGAGGUUGCACAACCCCCUGUUUGGGGCAUUCCUGCAUCAAAUCCUCAAUUAAAGAGUGGAAACCAGCACAAGGAUGAUGCAGUUUUACCUUCAGUUCCCCCAUCUGUUAGGUUAGGAGAUGUGCAGGAUCCUUCAAACUCACUUUUUAGCAAUCAGGAUCUCUGGAAUAUACAUGGGACCUACUUUCCACCUCCUAGACCUAAAAAAGUUGCAUUGAAGAAAGAAACAUAUUCUUAUAAGGAUCAGCUUGGUGAGAAUCCGGGAAACUGUGGGGAACAAAAUUUAGAAGCUCAAAUGGAUAAUGGCCACCAGACUUUCAAACAGCAUUUAGAAGCUCAAAUGGGUGAUGGCAUCUACCAGACAUUCAAACAGAAUUUAACUUUAGAAGAAGCUCAAUCUUCCAUGGUCUUGUCAGAAGACCGACAACUUCAAGCUGUUGCUGAAGGUUUAGCUGCUUCUGUUCUGCGCUCAAGCACUUCUUCAAAUCUUGAUUUGCAUGCCAGAAAUGUGUCCCUUUGUGAGGACAUCGACAAUGGAGUUGUUCAAAAUAGUAUAAUAGAUAUACAGCAUAAAGAUAAAGCUCAGGAUGUCAGAAGCAAGCUCCCAGAGAAGGCAAAUUUUGGCUUUCCAGGAUCGGAUAUUGGAGCAUUGCAGUUUAUAAAAAAUUGUGACCUUGAAGAGCAGACGGAAUUGGGUUCUGGGACCUUUGGGACUGUAUAUCACGGAAAAUGGAGGGGUACUGAUGUUGCAAUAAAACGGAUUAAUGAUAGGUGUUUUGCUGGAAAGCCUUCAGAGCAAGAGCGCUUGAAAGCUGAUUUUUGGAAUGAGGCAAUCAAGCUUGCUGACUUGCAUCAUCCAAAUGUAGUGGCAUUCUAUGGUGUUGUGCUUGAUGGCCCUGGCGGUUUUGUGGCAACAGUAACAGAGUUUAUGGUCAAUGGCUCUCUAAGAAAUGCCUUGCAGAAGAAUGGGAGGAAUCUUGACAAGCGCAAGCGUCUUCUGAUUGCAAUGGAUGUGGCCUUCGGUAUGGAGUAUCUGCAUGGAAAAAACAUUGUCCACUUUGACUUGAAAAGUGACAACUUGCUUGUGAAUCUCCGUGAUCCACACCGACCAAUAUGCAAGGUUGGUGACUUGGGUCUGUCCAAAGUGAAAUGCCAGACUUUAAUAUCUGGUGGUGUGAGAGGAACCCUACCUUGGAUGGCCCCAGAACUACUGAAUGGGAGCAGUAGCCUUGUUUCAGAGAAGGUUGAUGUGUUUUCGUUUGGUAUUGUCAUGUGGGAACUCCUAACCGGAGAAGAGCCAUAUGCUGAUUUGCACUAUGGGGCCAUCAUAGGUGGCAUUGUAAACAACACUUUGCGGCCUCCAGUUCCAGAAUCAUGUGAUCCUGAAUGGAGACUGCUAAUGGAGAGGUGCUGGUCAUCAGAACCAUCAGAAAGACCAUCCUUCACUGUGAUUGCCAACGAAUUACGUUCCAUGGCAGCCAAGAUCUCUCCCAAAGGACAAAAUCAACAGCAGCAACCUGCUUCAUCAGAGAGUCAAGUACAGAAAUGAUUUCCAACAACUGCAGGAUGCUCAAUCCCUGAUAUGUCUCUGGUUUGUGUUUUUCAUUCAUUUGGCGAAUCAAUGCUUUGUUCAAUUUCAAUAUAUACCGUAGGGAAAGUUUGCAAGUGUCAGACAAGGUUAAUAGGUGUCAUACCUUUUAGCACUGCUACAUAUUCUUGUAUUACAUCCAAACCUCAGUGAACAUUAUGUGUCACUUUUAGUUAAACAGAAAAGGAAAAGAAAAAGCAAAGAUGUUAAUAUUUUUAAAUUUUUAUUUUUUAAUUUUUAUAGUGCUUGUAAAAAUUAAUAUUGUAAAGAAAGAGUUUAGCACUUACAGUAAUGUUGUGGAGGGAUUAUUGACUGGGGAUGUGUUACUGUACUAACCUAAGACUGUUUCUUUUGUUUAUUACAUACUGCUAACGGGUAACGGGUUCCCCACAAAUAAAUUUUUUUGCUACACAUUACCAUCCAUCCUGAUGUACGUGUGAGCCACCAACAGCUGAGGGUGACCCAGCGUACCGUUGGAGUCGGCGUGGGGCAACAUGAAAUUGAAUCCAUAUAUUAUUAUAUCAUUUUCACUUUUCAUUUAUUUUGCCUUUUCUUUUUCUAGUAUUAAAUUGUAUUAUUAUAUCUUGAGUGACGGACAUGCCAAUUGCCAGAUACAUCGCGUAAA